CAUGUUGAGGGACCCAAUUGGGUCUCUGCCGUGCCUGUGCUAGACGAAGCACACACGGUAUAGAACGGCAUAAGAGGUUUUGUAUGGUUCACGCUAAGUCGUUAUCCUAGUUACAAGAUGAGACGACGGCACAUGGCUUAAUCAACCUACGAGCAUAUGGUUGGGUAGACUGCGAUUGUAUAUUAGGUCAUACCCACUGAUGCUGGUGUGGAUACCACAUCGUCCCUGCGUGUUCAGCUCCACAUCUCCUAAAUUCGGUUCCCUGGACCCUGAGAAAUCUCUUCGUCCGUGGGGAACGAGCGAAUUCCCACACAAGGUCUGUAUGAAUUUACAUAGUACGUUUUACUUGCACUUAUGCUACCCCUUUCGGCUUGGAAUCCACCCACCGUUGUGCCCAGGAUGCAUAACUGGUGAUGUUGUACGGAGUAUUCUGUUAGAAACAAUGCCUUUCAGAAGACCUCUUGCGAUAUAUUUAGAAACCGAGGCAAUAAUUAUGGUCACUAUAAUGAAGUUGCCAAUGCGCCCCUAUUGGCUCGUGCUGAGAUGGGCACUUGGGAGCCAGAACCCUAAGUGCAACUUCUCGAUGUCAAAGGAAAAAUGUCCCGUGCAGUUGACCCAAAUAAGGGAUCUCAAUCGCCCAGACACGACUUGGCAACCAACUAAGAGCGAGGAAAUGCAGCUGGUGGCCCAAUGAUGCCAGUGGUUGCGGCCCGCGGCGUUGGGUUUAUGGACCUCGGCCCACAUGGUGUACCGCUGGUGGUUUUACCCUUCGUACUCCAACCAAAGCUGAGCUGAACCAUUAAUAAAAUUUACUAUGACUGGUGGGGAAUCCAUUGAUCCUUCGACCGUUCC